CAUGGCGGACAGCCGGGACCCAGCCAGCGACCAGAUGAAGCUCUGGAAGGAGCAGCGGCCCACGCAGAAACCGGAUGUCCUGACCACUGGAGCCGGUAACCCCGUAGGAGACAAACUAAACGUUCUCACAGUAGGGCCCCGGGGGCCUCUUCUGGUCCAGGAUGUGGUAUUCACUGAUGAAAUGGCUCACUUUGACAGAGAGAGAAUUCCUGAGAGAGUCGUCCAUGCUAAAGGAGCAGGGGCCUUUGGUUACUUUGAGGUCACACAUGACAUUACCAGAUACUCCAAGGCAAAGGUGUUUGAGCAUAUUGGAAAGAGGACUCCCAUUGCCGUUCGCUUCUCCACUGUUGCUGGAGAAUCGGGCUCAGCUGAUACAGUCCGUGACCCACGGGGGUUUGCAGUGAAAUUUUACUCAGAAGAUGGGAACUGGGAUCUGGUUGGAAAUAACACCCCCAUUUUCUUCAUCAGGGAUGCCUUAUUGUUCCCGUCCUUCAUCCACAGCCAAAAGAGAAACCCUCAGACACACCUGAAGGAUCCCGACAUGGUAUGGGACUUCUGGAGCCUGCGCCCUGAGUCUCUGCAUCAGGUUUCUUUCUUGUUCAGUGACCGAGGGAUUCCAGAUGGACAUCGGCACAUGAAUGGCUAUGGAUCACAUACUUUCAAACUGGUUAAUGCAAGUGGAGAGGCAGUUUAUUGCAAAUUCCAUUACAAGACUGAUCAGGGCAUCAAGAACCUUCCUGUGGAAGAAGCAUCAAGAAUUUCCCAGGAAGACCCUGACUAUGGCCUCCGGGAUCUGUAUAAUGCCAUUGCCACCGGCAACUACCCCUCCUGGACCUUUUAUAUCCAGGUCAUGACAUUUAGUCAGGCAGAAGCUUUUCAGUUUAAUCCAUUUGACCUCACCAAGAUUUGGCCUCACAAGGACUAUCCUCUUAUUCCAGUUGGUAAACUGGUCUUAAAUCGGAAUCCGGUCAAUUACUUCGCUGAGGUUGAACAAAUCGCCUUUGACCCAAGCAACAUGCCACCUGGCAUUGAGCCCAGCCCUGACAAGAUGCUUCAGGGCCGUCUUUUUGCUUAUCCUGACACUCACCGCCACCGUCUGGGCCCCAACUACCUUCAGAUACCUGUCAACUGCCCCUUCCGUGCUCGAGUGGCCAACUACCAGCGUGAUGGUCCCAUGUGCAUGUUUGACAACCAAGGUGGUGCUCCUAACUACUACCCCAACAGCUUUAGUGCUCCAGAACAGCAGCGUUCUGCCCUGGAGCAUGCUGCUCGGUAUUCUGGGGAUGUGCAGCGCUUCAACAGUGCCGAUGAGGACAAUGUCACUCAGGUGCGAGCCUUCUAUACACAAGUGCUGAAUGAAGAGCAGAGGAAACGCCUGUGUGAGAACAUUGCAGACCAUCUCAAAGACGCCCAGCUGUUCAUCCAGAAGAGAGCGGUCAAGAACUUCAGUGAUGUCCACCCUGACUAUGGUGCCCGCAUCCAGGUGCUUCUGGACAAAUACAACGCUGAGAAACCUAAGAACAUGAUCCGCACCUUUAUGCAGCACGGCUCUCACUUGACGGCGAGGGAGAAGGCUAACCUAUGA